GCCGCCGCAGGGCCACCCGGCCGGCGGCCCGCCCCACACCUUCCCCAUCAUGUGCCCGAUCCUGCCCGCCCAGCAGCUGCCCCCUCCCCACACCCCUCACCACAUGAUGGCCCAGGGCAGCAUGCAGCCCACCAUGCAGUACAUCCACCACCAUCAGCACCAAGUUGGCAGUCAACCCCAUCAUAUUCAAGUGAUCCUGCCUCACAACCAAUGAUGCGCAUGUGCAGCUUAGUAGAGAAGAUCGCUAAUUACAUAAAUAACCAUAUUUUAAGUCAGAAAGGUAAACAAGAAACCGUGCACUAAAGAAGGGCAACCGCUUUGUGGGAAGGCAGGUUUCUUGUUAGAUGUUGGGAGGAAAGAGGAUGAUCUGCAGCUUCUAAGAGGCGGAUAAGUCACCCUUGUUCCCUUCCUUGGAGGUUUUUCCUGGUUUCUCCCUUGGUUUGUUAUUUGUAAGUCUACAGAGCAUCCUUCUUAUUGUAGCAUCUUGAGCACAGUCAUAAAUUUAAUCUGCAGAAAUUUAAACAAUUAGUUGCUUCUAGCAAUUAUUUUCUUGGUCCUUUAUUUAGACUCGCUCGUGAAUGUAUGCUAUUAAUUUUUUUGUGAUUCUCUUGGUUAUUUAUUGGCAAUAGUGUGAGGUUACCAGAGCUCGUUAUCGAGUAUCUGAACGCAGUUAUGCAUGUAUUGCAAAAGGUAGUAUGCCUUUGCUCCUGAUAUUGAUCAUAUGUUUCUAACGACCACAUGAGGCCUUAGUGUUCAGUAGUGUAUUGUAUCAUGGCCUCUUAGUGAAGAGCAAGUACGUAGGAACUUGACAGAUUCACAGCAUGUCUGAAGGUACAUAAUCUGAGGAAGUAGCCAUCAUAUUUCCUUUUGAACCAGCUAUUUUUUUAUUGGUUGUUUCAUUUUUUAGGCUUUUAUAUAUACUCAUGAGUAUCACUGACUGAUGUUUGAAACAUCAUGUUUGCCUCAAACAUAGACACUUGUAGUUUAUGUCAAACCCAUAUGCUCCUCUGUAGCAGUAGAGCAUUAGUGCCAGAAAUCAUUUCUUUGUGUCUGUGAGGCAAAGCAUAGUAUCACUCAAGACUGAGUGUACUGGUGCUGGAUGAUGGUCUUUCUGAUUGUAUGCACACACUUUCUUCCACAUGUGCAAAUUCUAAUUGCCAUGUGAAUGACUAAAUUUAAGAAACCUAUAGCAAGAAAGGAUGCGCAGAUAUGGUUUAUAUGACUUAUCUUAUCAUCUCAUCAUAAUCACUUGUGAAAUUGAAGAGUUUUCACCAUCAUAAUACAAGCAAUAAUGUCAUUUGCAUAGAAUGUUAUUUUCAUGCAUGUCAAGUUCAGUGUAUGCUUUCUGUAAGCACCCACACAAUAAUUUGCUAUUUCAUCUGGAGUUAAGCAUCCUUUCACUUGGUAUUUAUUUAUCUGUGUCAAUAUUCUGGACCUGUCUAAAGGCAUAGAAGCAACACUAAAAGUAUAUAACAAAACUUGUUAUAUCAUUAAAAAUCCUAGUUCAUAGAUUGUCAUAUGUACUAUGUAGUCCAAAAUGACUGUUCCAAGAAAAAAAAUUAUCAGCAUCUAAGUUGUGUGUUGUUUUGUUGUUGUUGUUUUUUUUCUUCUUCUUCUUCUUUUGUUUGAGUGGAAGGAUGAGUGAGAAUGAUUGUGAUGAUAUUGUUGGGUUAUCUGGUAUAGCAUGAUUCUUUAUAAUAUGAAAAUGAACUAGUUCUGCUUGAAUGUUGUUGUUGUUGUUGUUAUUAUUUAGAUUGUGGGUUGUGUUUGUCUUUUGAUUGUAUGUUUCAGUGUAUGGUUCUGUGGGUUUUUAAGACUAAAUUUAAAAUGAUGUUAAUAAGUCUUGGUAUUGGUAUUCAAAAUUAUGAAACUUGUUGAAUUUCUUCAGCAGUUUAAUUGAACAUUUUUUUGGGGAAUAGGAAUAAAAAUAUAAUUUGGGUGCUUGCUGUUGAAUGCAGCAAUUUUAAAAUAUAUAAAAGUUAAAUUUGAAACAGAAAGCUGAAAUUAAGUGAAAUGUUUUUAGGGUCGUAAUGGCACACUUACUAUGAUUUCAUUCUGUUCAUUCUCAUGUUUAAAGAAAAGCACCAUGACAAUUUCAUAUUUGUUGAUUGUUGAGGGAUUUGUUGGUGUUGAAGAAUACGAAUUAGGAUGAUUAUAAAAAGAAAUUGUCACUGUGCUGUUGUGAGAGAACAUUUAAGGAUUGUUUGUAUACUCAUUUUGUGUUUGCAGCUGUCUGAAAGAUGUCUGCAUUGUUAAAGUCAUGAAUGUGAACUUUCAAGGGCAUGCAGUCUAAUGAUACAGAGAUGAAUUUUGUCAUUAUGUUUGUGACUGAUUUUGAAAGAAAAAAAUAAAUGCAACACUGCCUUUCCUCAAAGCAAGACCCAUUCUGCUUGUUGGUUGCUUCAGUUCUUGGCAGACUUAUUCCAUGGCUAAAUGAAGUUUGUAGACCAUGAAGGAUGAGCUGCUCACUAAAAGUUGAGUCUGUGACCGUAUAAAAUUGUUUCCUGGUCACAAUUUAGAGUACAUUUUAUAUUGAAAUUCCUCAAAAGAAAUAAAAGAAUAUGCACAGAUAUGGUUGUGCAUAUUCAUAUGUGGCAGUUCUGUAGUUUUAAUGCAUGUCAAUUCCUAACCUUUAUUAAGCAUUCACAAAUAGUUGUCAGCAUUUUUUAACGGAAGGAAUUUUGAUACCUAUCUUGUAUAGAUAACCUACUCUAGAGAGAUUAAGAAUAUUGCAAUAUGUGAUUAAAAGAGUAUUCACAGAGUUCAUACUCGAGAAAAGAACUCAUUUAUUUAAGGUCGCAUCAACUUCUAAAUCAUUAGCGACCACUAUUGUGUGUAAGGGUAUGGUGACUAUGAAGAUGACACGAUAUGAGGAUGAUAGGGGUGUGAAAGGACGAACACAAUACAACCAUGACUGAGGCAGGAAUUGAACCUGGGAUCCUUUGUUCCGAGACCACUAUGGCACUACUGCCUUAGUGAUCUCUGCCAUCCGGACCGGCAAAAGAACAUUUUGUGGGCAAUAUGUUAGUAUUGUUAAUGUUGUGGAACUGCAGUUGUUGAUUUUUAGAGCACAGCUUUGGUUGCAGCAUGUAGUUCCCAAAGAAUUUGAAAUGAAACAGAAAGUUUUUGUCUUCUAGAAACUUUCAAAAUAAAACUAAUGUUCAUUUGUUAAUAUGUUCUGUUGGUGGUGAGCUUAAUUUUUUCUUUUU